AGCAGGGUCACUGGUGAAGUCCUUCUUGACUUCACACCUGCUGAUAAUAAAUUCAAACACAGAGCUGUAGUGCUGAGGAGAGGCCGUUAGCUUUUUGAAUCCAGAGCGUUUGAGAAAAGACAGCACGAUGGCAGCCACUCUUUGUCAGGUCUUGGGCUUUCUACUGAGUCUGUUAGGGGUGGCGGGAGUAAUUGCGGCGACGGGGAUGGACCAGUGGGCGACGGAGGACCUCUUUGACAACCCUGUGACCGCCGUGUACUCGUAUUCGGGCCUGUGGAGGUCGUGUGUCCGGCAGAGUUCUGGCUUCACAGAGUGCCGACCGUAUUUCACCAUUCUGGGACUGCCAGCUCUGCUCCAAGCUGUCCGGGCCUUGAUGAUUGUAGGUAUUGUUCUGGGAGUCAUCGGCUGCCUUAUCGCCAUAUUUGCACUGAAGUGCUUGAAAAUGGGGAACAUGGAGGACAACAUCAAGGCCACGAUGACCCUGACAGCCGGGAUCUUGUUCCUUCUUGCAGGGGUCUGUGGCAUUGCUGGCGUGUCUGCCUUUGCCAACUUGAUUGUGCAGAGUUUUCGGUUCACGUCAUAUGCUGGUGAAGGGUUUGGUAUGUAUGGAGGAGGUGUUGGUGGACUUACGGGAGCUCUGACUCCAAGGUACACUUUUGGCCCCGCUCUUUUCGUUGGCUGGAUUGGUGGUGCUAUAUUGGUCAUUGGAGGCAUCAUGAUGUGUCUGGCCUGCCGUGGAAUGACUCCAGAUAACAAGCAAAGGUAUGAUGGGAUGGCCUACAAACCUGCCUCUCAACACACCGUCUACAAGUCUGACAUCAGGCCCCGUCCAGCCUACAAUGACUCCUACAAAGCCCAGAGUGUGGACGGCAGGCAGUCCACCCAGAGAUUUGACUAUGUGUAGAAUCAUUUCAUUCAUCUUUUUGUUUUGUUUUUUAUGUCCACAGCUCUGUGAUGAUGCUUGACUUUUUCACUUUUUUUUGCCUGCAUUCAAAGGAAGAGUGUUUUUUUUUUUUUUUAUUUCUCUGUACUUUAAUCUGUCAGAAACAUUUAUGGUCUUUUUUUUAUUAUUAUCAUAUAAUCAUAAUUAUAAAAAUCUUUGUGUUUUGUGAUUUACUUUUGUGUCAUUUCUUUCUUUUGUGUCAAUAAUAACUAAUGAAGUUAUUCUUAUUUUGGCUCAGUCAGACUUCGUGACAUCAUGUAACACAAAGUAAAGAAUAAGACUAGAUUGGAUAUAUUAGAAGAUUGGAGACAGUUGUCUUGUGCUGUUGGGUCUACAUUGUGUAUUUAUCAAAUUCAUUAUUAAAUUAAAAAGGGUCAUGUUACAGCAAACUAUUCAUCACCUAGACAUUAGUUUACACCCAGAGCAGGUAAGUUCAAUUAUUGUGAGUCAAAAUGAAAAAAAAAAAGAAAACAGAAUUAAGUUGAUCAAAACAUUGCUUAUUACUGAUGCAAUGGAGCUCAAAUUACAUUACAUACAAUUAUCGUUAGCCAAACUGACUAAAUAACAUUGGUUAGGUUAACUUAUUUGGAUAAUGGAUUUAUAAAUGCAUAUGUCUAAUGUGUAUUUAUGUGUUUAGGUGUGAUUGCACUUACCUCAAACUCUUAAAAAAAUUAAAUGAGGCUGAGAGGUUAGAUUUAACAUUGAAAUAAGUGGAGAAGUUAAUUGAAUUUGAGCAUGUCCUGUCAUAAAAGAGAGGAUCAAAACAUCUGAAAUAAACAACCAUAUUGAUUAUUA